AAAAAAAGUAAAAGAAAAGAGGGAGACAGCUGGGUCACAAGAGUCCACCACGCGUUCAGGAAACAGCUCACAGCUCGGGGACUCAGCCAAAAGAGGCGGGCAUUAGUUUGUUAUUGGAAAAGCUGACAAGUGAGCAAGGACAGAAAGAAAGAGGGCUGGCUGUCUGACUUGGUCAGUGAAGGCCUCAUGCAGCUUCUAAGCAGCAGCUCCAUUCCAUUUUUAUCUGCCUGAAACACCUCGACUUUAAGCAGAGCUCAGCAGGAGCCCAGAAGAUAGGAAAGGGUAGAAAUAAAGAGAGGAAUAACAAACAAGAAGAGGAAAAAGGAAGCAUGAUGACCCAAGAACAGUGCACUCAUAGGAACAAUGUCCAGAGUUCAGAGAAACCACAAGUGUACAAAGUGGGAAUAUACGGCUGGAGGAAACGCUGCCUUUACUUCUUCGUCCUGCUGCUGAUGAUCCUGAUCCUGAUCAACUUGGCACUAACUAUCUGGAUCCUCAAAGUCAUGAACUUCACCAUAGAUGGGAUGGGAAACCUCAGAAUAACAGAGAAGGGCCUGAAACUGGAGGGGGACUCUGAGUUCCUCCAACCCCUCUACGCCAAAGAAAUCCAGUCCAAACCAGGCCGCCCACUGUUCCUGCAGUCAUCCAGAAACGUGUCCGUCAAUAUCGUCAACAACAACAACCAGCUGCUCACACAGCUCGUCACAGGAUCCAGUGGAUUUAAAGCACGAGGCAAGAUGUUUGAAGUGAAAUCCACCUCUGGGAAGCUUCUGUUCUCCGCCGAUGAGCAGGAGGUGGUGGUGGGCGCAGAGCGGCUCCGAGUGAUGGGUGAGUGA